AUGGUCCCGCGCGGGAGGGGACUGCGCCGACCGCGGGCGCUUCGAACCUGGUGGCUCCGCGGCGCGUGGGAGGAGCGUGCGGCCGGAUCCGGGCCCCGCGCCGGACACCCCCGGGGGCGGAAAGAGGGGGACGGGCGGCGGCCGCGGAGCAGGCGUGGGCAGAACUUCGUCCGGGGUGCAGCUGGCGCUCCCGGGGCGCAUUGGCUGGCGCGCCGCGGCGCUGGGGAGAGCGCGCCGCUUUGGGCACUAGGGGUGGCCAGAGGGGUCAGCUGGCCGCCCGUCGGAGCUCGGCAGCGUGGGCUCCGGCAGCCUUGCGGAGGACCUGGGAUCUCCACCGGGAUCUAUUGUUCGGCUGAUCGAUCACCUUCAGCAUCCGCCCUUAAACCCACCCCUUCCUCCGAACUCUCUGAGGCUGGGGAAGUGUUGGUUCAAAGGUUCGCCUACCAGGUGGAAGGAGUUGAGGAAUCACUUUCUUCUCAUUUAGACUUCUUCCCUAAACCUUCCCCCGGUGCUAAUGGGGAUACUAUGAGAAUACUCUCCAACAUUGUGGGGAGCCCUUCACGCAUCCUAGAGCAAUCCUGUGAAAGAAGCAUUAGCUUUUCAAGGGAAGCAUUUUCAAGAAUUUCAAGGAAAUCCAGGCCCAAUGUCACACAGCUGGCAGAGUGGAGCAGCUUCAAAUACAGUUUUGUCUCAAACCUAGAGAGAAGAGCCAUCCCUUCAGUAAAUGAAUGUCACAUAGAACAAAGGAUUGCUGAGUGCUUGCUUUGCCCUGGUGUUGAUGACCAAAGUAAAUGAAGACAUGGUCUCUGAGCAUUAGAGCAUUCUGUCAUUGGUUAUUUAUGAAAAGGCUUCUGCCAGGCACAAGGUUGAAAAUAAGUACGGGCUAGAUCUCGCGGUCUGUGGGUUCGAGCCCCACGUUGGGCUCUGUGCUCACAGCGCGGAGCCUGGAGCCUGCUUCAGAUUCUGUUGCCUCCCUGUCUCUCUGCCCCUCCCCCGCUUGUGCGAGCGAGCACGCUCGCUCUCUCUCUCUCUCUCUCAAAAAUAAGUAAACAUUAAAAAUUUAAAUAAAAUAAAUGGUAGGAUUGGUUAAUUAGUUGAAUUCACAGUUUCCUCGUAAAUGAGAAGCGCAAGGCCUCCAGACUCCUACUAAUCAAGUAGUAGGACUACUGAGUCGAGUUUUUGUCACCUUCCCAGGCCCUCAGCUAGUAGAAAACAGCCGUCAUAGCCUAGCACGACACACUGCAGCAAAGCAUGGCCCCACCAGGGCUCAGUUGGUGUAACAGCCUCUCACCAUUUUAGAAGCAACUAUUAGAUCACUCAUUCAGUAUUCAGCACAUUCCUCUGUGUAUAUAUUAUGUCCCAGGUUAUUGUAGCCAAAUGAUUACUGGAAUUAAAUGGUGAGAAAGUUUUCAUUUAUCGAGCUAUUCAAAACAAUGCUUCUCUAUGAGUUUUGUUGAUUUCUGGAACUGAAGUUGACAUGAAAACACCAACCGUAAACAUUAUCUUUCUUAACCCCAUGUUUCAUGGAAUGGGGAGCUGAGAGCAGAGAAAUUAAGGGAUUUGCCCAGGAUAACCCAGCCAGUUACUGACAAGGAAUAGACCCAGCUCUCUUCAUAGCCAUCCUAAAACAGAGGAGGAGAAGCAAGGUGGUAUGAGAUAAUGGUUUCAAACUUGUAUUUUAGCAGGGGAGUUUUUUUCAACCUUCAAAGAACUCUGACUUCUAGAAGAGAUCCAAGUGAAUCUGCUCUAAGUGGAAAAGAAGUGACCUUCUCAGCAUCUCCCUCCUUCCCAAAGUGGCUGUAUUUUUAGCAAAAUGAAAUUGACAUUAAACAGUUACAGAAGCUCUGAGGGUUUGCAAAACCCAGGUUGGAACUACUGUUUGGCUAUUUGUGUGUGUGUGUGGGGGGGGGCAUCCUAAUAUCUGGAAAAAUACAGAGUUUGAAUGGGGUUGCAGUUAAAAAAACCAUAUAAUGUCAACAUUACUGAGUGGUUAGCACCUAGCAACUACUGUGUCCAUACUUUUUGGUGUUGUGUGAUUUAAACCUCAUAAUAAUA